AUGUCGUUAGCAGACCAAUGGCUCACAAUUGACGUCAACCCGACAACUCGGCGCGAGAUCGAGCAGCUCGUGGCUGAGAAUGACACCGCUGCGCUGGAGGACCGGCUGGGAUCGCGGCUGACGUUCGGCACAGCAGGCCUGCGUGCCCCGAUGGGCGCCGGCUUCAGCAGGAUGAACGACGUUACCGUGGUGCAGGCCUCGCAGGGCCUUGCCGAGUACGUGAAGAGCGUGGCUGAUGAGCCGUCAGUGGUUGUGGGCCACGACCACCGCCACAACUCGCAGCGGUUUGCAGAGCUCACGGCUGCAGUGUUCCUCAUCAAGGGGUUCACGGUCUACUAUUUGGGUGGGGGGUUUGCUGCCACCCCACUGGUGCCCUUUUCCGUGGACCAGUACUCUGCCAGCGCGGGCGUGAUGAUCACCGCCUCCCACAACCCCAAAAACGACAACGGGUACAAAGUGUACUGGAGCAACGGCUGCCAGAUCAUCCCGCCGCACGACCAGCAUAUCCAGCACAGCAUCCUGGCCAACCUCGACGCCGUCUUCAGAGACCCCACCUGGGACACUGCGCGGGUGUUUGAGCAGCACAGCGACAAGCUGCUUUUUGUGAGAGACGAGAUUAUUAGCGAGUACUCGCGCAGAGUCAAAUCCACACUUCUCAAGAACACGUCGUUCUCAUUUGAAGCCGUCUACACGGCAAUGCACGGCGUGGGCACCGAGUUCGUAGGGCAUGUUGUGCCCGACGGAGUGCUCGUCCCUGUCGGGCAGCAAUGUCUGCCCGACCCAGACUUCUCCACAGUCAAGUUCCCGAACCCGGAGGAAAAAGGAGCAUUGGACCUUGCCAUUCAGCACGCCGACCAGCAGGGCAUUUCUGUGGUGGUGGCCAACGACCCGGACGCAGACCGAUUCUCUGCAGCGGUGAAAAUCAACCGCGUGUGGAGACAGUUGUCGGGCAACGAGCUUGGAUAUCUUUUCGCGCAGUAUGUGGUGUCACAGAAAAUAGACCGCAGCAACGUGUAUCUCGUCAACUCGACCGUCUCGUCGCAAAUGAUCGCCGCGAUGGCCGCCGUCGAGGGGUUCCACUUCCAGGACACUCUGACGGGCUUCAAAUGGAUCGGCAACAAGGUGAUCGAGCUGGAGAACGCCGGCUACGACUGCCCGUUUGCGUUCGAGGAGGCCAUCGGGUUCCUGUUCCCUGUGGUCCACGACAAGGACGGGAUCUCUGCAUUGUUGAUGUUCCUGCAGAUGUACCAGCAUUGGCUUGACACAGACACCGAUGCGCUCCAGACGCUACAGCAGGGGUAUGAAAAGUACGGCUUUUUCAAAGAGUGCAACGGAUACUACGUGGUGCCCGACGCACGUACGACGGAAAUUAUUUUCCAGCAUAUUAGGGCCACGGGCAACCCGUAUCCCAAUCAGAUCGAGGAGUUUACAGUGACGAAGUGGCGCGACCUGACUGUUGGCUACGACUCGACGACGCCCGACUCAAAACCAACGUUGCCCGUCGACGUUUCGUCGCAAAUGAUCACUGUUUCUCUGCAGCACGAGGACGACGAGAUCAGGUUUACGGCGCGCGGCUCGGGCACGGAGCCAAAGCUCAAGGUGUACAUCGAGGCCAAGAGCUCGAGCGAGGCCAGGGCGGACGCGCUUGCGCGCCGGGUGUGGGCCCUUUUGCGCGCAGAGUGGUUCAAGCCCGACCUCCACGGCCUCAUAGAACGUGUUUGA